GUACCGCCCACUCUGGCUCAGACUAUAUAAGCAUGUACAAGUAACUCCUCUCCCGCACUUGUUGCUUCUGUUUGACGACACGACACAACAAUGAAGAUUGUCUUCACUCUCUUGUUUGGGGUGGCUUCUCUCACCGCCUCACCUACUACAUAUCAUGGGUACAAGUUGUUGAGUGUGAAGCCCAGAACCCAUGAAGAAGCCCAGAUAGUGCAACAUAUUGUGAGUAGUUGGCUGCUGGACCAGUGGUCGUGGGCCAAGACACCAGGGGCCGGAGUUGACGUGUUGGUUCCUCCCAGGCUGGUCCACCGUUUCCGCAACACUCUUGGUAGACGACACAUCCCCGUCACUAUUAAGAUCAACGACGUUCAGACGCUCAUCGAACAACAAGUUACCAACCACAAGAGGAGCCACACUUUGCCUCGCAAGUUUGAUCACACCGACUACCAUGAACUGGACGAGAUCUAUUCUAUCCUGGAUGGGUCCGUGGCCGACUUCCCCGCUCUCUUGUCGGUGUACUCUGCUGGUGAGACCUAUGAGGGCAGGGAUAUUCGCGUCGUCAAGGUUUCCACCGGAGGUUCUAAGCCAGUAAUAUGGAUUGACUGCGGGAUCCAUGCAUGUGAAUGGAUCAGCACGGCCACUUGCCAGUACUUCCUGAACCAGCUGACAGCUGGGUAUGGCAACGACAGUCAGGUGACGACGCUUCUAGACAGCUACGACUUCCACAUUAUGCCUUGCACCAAUCCCGACGGCUAUGUCUACACAUGGACUGUCGACCGUCUAUGGCGCAAGAACCGCGUACCCAACGCUGAGUGUCAUGGCGUCGACUGCAACCGUAACUUCGACUCAGACUUUGGUGGAGCCGGGAGUUCAAACAACCCAUGUUCUGACUUGUACAGUGGAGAGUCUGCCUUUUCUGAGAGAGAAUCACAGGCUGUGCGAGGCUCCAUUGAAGCUCUGCCAGACGUGAGAAUGUACUUUAGUCUUCAUUCUUACUCUCAGCUCUGGAUGACUCCAUAUGGUUACACCGAGCAGCUGCCUGCCAAUUAUGACGAACAGUACCGAGUGGCCGGGGUGAGCGUCAGGGCCCUGGAGGCCGUGCAUGGUACCAAGUACAACUAUGGCAACAUCGCAGACGUCAUAUAUUUGGCGGCGGGAAGCAGUGCCGACUGGGUCUACGACAGUGCCAAGGUCCAGUACUCCUACGGCAUCGAACUACGAGACGAGGGAGAUUAUGGCUAUCUUCUUCCGCCAGAACAGAUACUUCCCACAGCUGAGGAAACCUGGGCUGGCAUUAUAGCUGGCAUAAACGCUAUAUAGUUUUUGAAGUACAUCCCUGAAUGACAUUUUUGUUAACAAAGAUGUACAACAUUCAAUGUACUAUCUGAUGGAGUUGAUGCACAACUAUAGAACAAAUUUAUACAAUCUUUAUGUCUUCUCCUCCCUCAGAAAUAUAUUAAGCCCAAUACUAUCAUUGUACUAUCAACUGUCUUUACUCUGAAAUGCAAAUGUUAAAUUAUUCAGUGAAAGUCAGUCUUCCUCUUUGUGAUGUUAAUAAAGUUGAAAUAAAUUAA